AUGAUUAAGCUGAACCCAUCACUUAGCGAUUUCAUGAUAUCAAAUGAUACAAAAGUAGGCCUCCACAUGGCUCUUCAAGGUAAACGAGCGCGAACAAUUCAAUUGGGGCCAUCUACUCCGUCUGAUCGUAUACAAAAUGAAAUCAAUAUGGCACUAGAUUUCAGUAAGAACUCAAUACAGCUGAAUAACACUGCCAUUGAGAUAACUGUUGUACGUGGGGAUGGCAAACGUUCUAGGGUUGUAUACCCUGCUCGUUGUACGCUAGCAGCUUCCGCGGCACAGCGAGCAGCUACAUUUCUCAGUGUGAUGAAAACAAUACAAACUAGGAUGCUUAAGAGUGAGACGACUACUAUUAGGGACGUAUACUAUUCUAAUGUCGAAUUAUACAAGCGUCAGCAGGUAGUUUCUGAUUGGAUUAGCACAUUUGAACAAUGCUUUGGGGUGGAAAAGUCCACAUUUAGAAUUGUAGCUGCGCAAAAGGGCAUAAUCUCCACACCGGUACCAUUGAAGAUCGAUAAUACGGAGAUCAGAGGUACCAACCUAAUCCCAUAUAUCACAACUGAGAGUGCAGUGAAGUGUACUGAUUGGAAACAGGUAAACAAAGUCGUAAUACUCGAAAAGGACGCUGUAUUCCACAAACUCGCAAGAGAUGCCCAGUAUAAUAAAGACAAAAUACUUGUCACCGGGAAGGGAUAUCCAGACCAUCUUACUAGGAUUUUUUUACGUCAGUUGCUAAAAGUUGCACCUGCCCAUAUACAGGUGGAAGCUUUCUGUGACAGCGAUCCAUACGGCAUCGACAUCACGCUGAAAUGCUGCGAAGGAGUCGGCUCUCCUACGGCCAGGAGACUUAAUUACGGGGGAAUUUUCCUGCACAACCUUCUGGAUCUUGGCAGCCAUAAUAGCACUACAACAACAGUUGUUGAGGGCAGUAACCUACAAGAUAUAUCACCCAGAGAUUGGAAAAUGUCACAGCGCAUGUUACAAAACCUAACAGGCACAGAACAAACACUACUCAAUGACGGAACCAGAUCUACCAUUAUAAGAGAACUACAAAGACAAUUAAUGUUUCUCAAAAAGGGUGAAAUGAACGUCGUAAUGGAAUGA